AUGUACUCGAUGGGUCCCUUUGACAUCAUUGCUCCUAAAGCCAACACUUUAAACAAUAACUCGAACUUUGGACAAUUCAAUUAUUGUUCAUUGGUUGUUGUUGUUGACCCGGAUAGUGCAAGAGAAGUCAACCUUGAGAUUGAUCUGUCUGGCAACGGAUCCAAGGAUAAUUCUUUAGCAAAGGAUAAUGUCUACAUCCUUGCGGGCCGGUUUGUUCAGAAUCCCGUGUCUUCCGAGACUGACCCGGAGACCGGAGAAAAAUUUGAAGUCCAGGGGUACACGUUCUUCUUUGAGCAGGCAAUGACCCUUUUGAUUGGAACCACGGUCAACCGCGAACAAGUCUCAGUCAGGGGGACUAAGGACUCCGUACAAAACAAUCUUCAUGUAACGAUGAAGCAUACUGACUACCAUAGCUUAAGCAAAGGAAUGAUGGAAUUUAAUACAGUCUAUAUUAUCCCUGGCCUCAAACACUUAGUCAGCACCUUUCACCUGUUUCAAGCUGGACGCGAAGCACUCAUCGUCGGCUACUUGAAUGGGUUUGACGAAGAAAACGACACUUGGCAAGUCAUGGCAUUAUUGGUUUCAAUGUCCUCGGGGGGACAAACACGGACCAUCAAUUUGAUGUCAACCCCUGCUUCUGCAGGCUCGGAAGAGCCCCUUCAACCCAACCUGUGA